GUCAUCUAUUAAUGAAAAAUGGCGUUUGUGUUGUGUUGAAAAAUUACUAUAAACAUACAUUGUGUGUUAAUAGUACUAAUAUUGCCCUUACUUGGUAAUUAGUGUUAAAUUUCAUUUUAUAAUAGGGUAAAAAAUCGUGGACUGAUGAGUUUAUUGACAGAUGUCUGCCGUGGCUCCCACUAUCCCCGGGGCUGACCCAACCAAGGACAUACAAAAGCGUCGGGCUGGUAGUAUUGGAUCCGAUGAAGACGACGCAAGUGGUGGGAAAUACACAAGGAUGGAGGAGGAUAAUAUUCAAGAUAAAGAGAGAUUUGCUAGCCGCGAGAAUCAUUGUGAAAUUGAACGUCGUAGAAGAAACAAGAUGACAGCAUAUAUCACGGAACUAUCUGACAUGGUUCCAACAUGUUCCGCUCUCGCGCGGAAACCAGACAAACUUACCAUACUCCGAAUGGCCGUAGCGCAUAUGAAAGCGUUGAGAGGUACUGGAAACACAUCGACUGAUGGUACAUAUAAACCGUCUUUUUUAACUGAUCAAGAAUUAAAGCACUUAAUUCUAGAAGCUGCCGAUGGAUUUUUAUUUGUUGUCAGUUGUGAUACCGGUCGUAUUAUUUACGUUAGUGAUAGUAUAGCACCAGUACUUAACUAUUCUCAGGGAGAGUGGUACUCUUCGUGUUUUUAUGAUCAAGUUCACCCGGAUGACGUGGAAAAAGUUCGGGAACAGUUAAGCACACAAGAACCACAAAAUACGGGUCGUAUUUUGGAUCUUAAAACGGGAACUGUCAAGAAAGAAGGUCAUCAAUCGUCCAUGCGCCAGGUGAUGGGGUCGCGGCGCGGGUUCAUCUGCCGCAUGCGCGUGGGCGGCACGGCGGAGAGCGCGCACCUGGGCCGCCUGCGCGCGCGCAACUCGCUGGGCCCGUCGCACGACGGACACAACUACGCCGUCGUGCACUGCACCGGUUAUAUUAAGAAUUGGCCUCCUACAGAUCUGUUUCCAGGUAUGCAGAUGGACCGCCCGGUCGAAGAUGAGCUUCACGCUUCCCACUGUUGCCUCGUCGCUAUCGGCAGAUUGCAGGUGACGUCGACGCCGAACAGCACGGAGGGCAGCCUGUGCAGCGGCGGCGUAGAGUUCGUGUCGCGGCACUCGGUGGACGGCCGCUUCACGUUCGCGGACCAGCGCGCCGCGCAGGUGCUGGGCUAUGCGCCCGCCGACCUGCUGGGCAAGCUCUGCUACGAGUUCUACCACCCGGAGGACCAGCAGCACAUGCGGGAUAACUUCGACCAAGUUCUAAAGUUGAAGGGGCAAAUAAUUUCACUAAUGUAUCGGUUCCGCACUAAAAGCAGAGAAUGGAUUUGGUUAAGAACAUCAGCAUUUGCGUUCUUGAAUCCUUACAAUGAUGAUGUGGAAUAUAUUGUGUGCACGAAUACCCUAGCAAAUCGUUCAUUAGGAAGCACCACUGGGGAGCCCGUAGCGGAAGAGAAUUAUGAUUAUCAUCUACGUCAACGUGAUGUGUACCAAGCGCCUCCUCCCACCAUACAUCAACAACAUCACCCACCUCCAGGAGCCGUGGGCGCGCGGUCGCCGGACGAGGGAGGCGCGGGCGCCGGGGCUGGCGGCACUCCUUACGCCGCGCAUGCGCCGCACGCGCCACACUACGCGCCGGACUAUUCGCCGCACCGCCCCGCUAACACGCCCCCGCACACAACUUGGACCACCCUCCGCCCAAGUGCCGGGGCAGGCACGGCUGGCGGUGCAGGGGGCGCGACUGGCGAGACGUACGCUUACAGUGGCGAGGCGGGUGCGGGAACAGGUGCGGGCAGUCCGACGCGCUCGCCACCCGCACCCGCCUACCUGCCGCCCGCGCAUUACCACCAUAAUCACCACCCGCCACACCCUACGCAUCCUACUCACGGCAUGUGGUCAUGGCAGGGCGGUGCGGGAGCGGCAACGGGCGCGGUCGCAGAAGGCGGUCACGCGCCGCAUGAGCUCUCCGACAUGUUGCAAAUUUUGGACCAGGGCGGUGCUGCUACUUUCGAGGACCUUAACAUUAAUAUGUUCAAUUCCAACUUUGAAUAGUGAUCACCACAUAGUGACCCCUGUAACUCCAUAUUAGAUUUUAUUGAGUUGAUUUGGAGCAUGAUCGAUCCAACUGAGCGGAGAUAAUAUUAUGUUUGCCACUUUGUAUGGUUAUGUGUAAGAAUGGUGUUUACAUCCUCGUAGAAGUGUCGUUUCGAUAGACGUCACGGGCUGGCUCGGACUACAACAGUUAAUAGUUGGUAUUGCAUUAUUGCAACGAACCAAUUAACCGAGGUAUCUAAUAGUAAUAAAAGCUACGAGCUAUUUAUGAAUAAUAUAGAAAAUUAAUACUUUGUAUACAGAUAUUUCAGAAGUAAUUUUUGUCUUAAAAUCAUAAUUGCAUAUUUAUAUUAUUAUUAUUUUAUAAGAUAUUACAAGUUGCAGGCUAGAGCCCAAAAAAUCCUCUAUGAAAUUUUGGCAAAAAAACAAUGACAUUUGCAGUUAUUCAAUCUAUAAUUUCACUUAACAAUAAACAUCAGAGCAGGACUCAGCAUUGCAAGAUAAAAUUCGUGUAAUUUAAAAGACUUGUUAAUGAAACUGCAACUUGAAUACUUAAUAAAAAACAAGGUAAUAUAAAUAAAUUAAGCACUUAAAAACUAUUUUAAAUGAAUAUUAAUACAGUGUUGAGUUAUUGUAGAAGCCCUUUUGGCAAAACACAAUUCAUUUGAAACUAUCUGAAAAUUAAUUAUAAAUAUGAAAAUUUAAGUUAAAUUUAAUGAAUAGAAUAGAGUAAAAGUUUUUAAAUAGAAAACAAAGCUAAAAUAAUAAUUGGAGACUACUAGGAAUUAUUUUCGAGAACCUAUAACCAGUGAGAUGAAAAAUGAUAUCAACAAGAUACAAAUGAUUUAAAGCAAUAAGAAAAUUAUCUAUAUUAAAAUGCAGUGGAACAUUAACUUUAGUAUACAAUAUCUUAAUAAAUCAUUGACCAAAUGAUUUAAAAAUUGACAUUAUUAUUGUUUUACGAACUUGCUAAUUCUAAUUUUAUACAUUUUAUUUUCAAUAACACAAACUAUGUAAAAAUUACCUUCUCAUUCUAGUUAAUACAUGUUGUAUAUUCUUUACUAAUUAUUGCUUUAUCAUUUGAUCAAAUUCGGCUCUUUUGUUUUAUUGACAUAUUCAAAUCAUAAAGUUUGUGGAAAAUGAAAACUGAUUUAAAUUUUUCUUAACUUUGAUUACUAUAAAUGCAUCGUAACAAUAUCUACUAGGCAGCUGUAGUAGUUGUAAGAUAUUUUUCCCUUAUCAAUGCUACUACUGGCGACCAACUUAACGUAUCAAAUAAUAUGAUAAUGUUUCUUUAAUAUUUUUAAUUAUGUUAGCGAUAUGAGAUGUGCUAUUAAGAUUAUGUUUAGGUGAUUAAACAUUUUAUUUUUACAUUUUUAUUUACUAUAAUAUAUUUAGGAGAAUAGAUAAUAAAAUUUGAAACACUUCUUAAAAUGUGUAUUACUAUUUUAUAUAAAGCAUACAGUGCUGACAGAACUUUGCACGGGUAUACUAUAAAUCUAAAUACUUAUAAAACAUUGUUGAAAAUGAGCUGAAUUAAUGUUUUGUUUGGCAUUGUUAUAUUUAUAGAUAAUAAAUUCACGUACUGGCUAAAUUUAAUUAACCUUAUUUACGAGUUUUUAUAUAUCACUUACAUUUAUAGUUCUUUGGACAAUGUAUGGAAGCUUAUGAACCUUUAACUUUUUAUUAAUCUGUUUAUUGGCCACUUUAGGAUAUAAAUUCAUAUCUUUAUGUUAUUUUGAGAGGCUGAACUUUAUUACAAACAAUCUAUAUACUUUUAUUUUAAUAAAAUCAUCAAUGAACAACUCAGCUCAAUUCAAAUUUGAAAUAAAAUAAAGAAAAGAAAAGAUCUAAGAAUGGAAUAAAAAUGAAAAAAAAUCGGUUAGUUAAUGUAUCAAUAAACGAUAUCGCAUGCUUGGUGACAAAUUGAUAUUUUUUGAAUCUCGAUUGCUAUCAUUCGAAUUACUCAACAUUCCGUCAAUUUCACGAAAUCGAAAAUUAUCUUAUUAGCUAGACUAAUCAUGAAGUUGUUAUUAUUUUUAUGUCUUAGAAAGUGAUCUUAAACAAUUACCGUUGUUUUACAUAUUGUAUUAAUUUUUUUAUUUUAUACAGAAAUUAUUGUGUAAGGGACGCAUUUAAGAUAUUACUUUUUAAUUGAAAUUAUUUUAAUUAAAUCAAUUUUAGGUAUACCAAAAUUUUGUAAAAGAUUUUUUCAUUAAAUAUAAGCAACAUGCA